AUGACUUUUGUGAAUUGGGUCCCACCAGAUAUAACUAAUAUCUGUGCUGAGACUAUAGCACCUCUGACACAAUGCUCGCCCACGGGGUUCAUGUUUUUAACCCUAGUUGCUAGAUUAUUUGGUGGUUCAGUGGAAAAUCAGAUUUCCCUUCCUAAAAUUAACCCUUACUUAAAAAAAUCACAUGGAUUAACUUCAAAUGUUUUUCAUGCACCUGAAAAAUCUUAUCCCGAUGACAUAUAUAUUCCUCAAUUAGGGGCAAACCUUAUCACUUCUGACUUAGUCGUGAGACCACCGGUCACUGAACUCGGUCCACUCGUAGAACCGAACUUAUAUCCAAGCAAUAAAAAAAUAAAUAAUCUUGCUCUAGAGUAUCCCCAAGUUCCUAGCUAUACAGAACUUUACAGUAGACCAGAUUUUGAGUUUGAAUAUGAAUCUCAAAACAAUCCGUUCACUAAAUAUUUCUCCAGAAAUCCGAAUUUUUAUCAGCGUGGUGAUGAAAGAAGUUACGUUGAUAGUGAUGCAGAAGAUUCUAGUAAAGUGACAGUCAAAGUGAACAAAAGUAACAAAAAAAGAAGUAGAAGAAAAACAAGGCACAUACAAGAUGAGUACGACUUUAUUAUUGUGGGUGCAGGAUCAGCUGGAUGUGUGAUUGCUAAUCGUUUAUCUGAAGUUAAAAAAUGGAAGAUUUUGCUACUUGAAGCUGGGCCUGAAGAACCAGACGUCACAAGUGUACCUGGGUUUGCACCAACUUUAGGCAGAUCUAGUAUCGAUUGGAUGUAUAGAACACAACCAGAAGAACUAAGUUGUAGAGCACAUAGAGGACAAAGUUGCGCAUGGCUAAGAGGCAAAUCGAUGGGCGGAUCUAGUGCCAUAAACUAUAUGGUAUAUAUGAGAGGAAACCAAAGAGAUUAUGACUCUUGGGCAGAAAUGGGAAAUCAUGGAUGGAGUUUUCAGGAGGUGCUGCCGUAUUUCAAGAAAGCAGAAAAUAACCAAGACGUUGAAGCUCAUAAUAUUUUUUAUCACUCUACCAGUGGACCACUGAACGUUGAAAGAUUUCCUUAUACGGAUAUUAAUACACUUAUGUUGGUACAGGCUUUCAAAGAAAAGGGUUUACCCAUAACGGAUUUCAAUGGAGAAAAUCAAGUUGGCACGGAUAUAGCGCAGUCGACAUCUAAAGAUGGGCGUAGAAUAUCUACAAAUGCUGCUUACAUAAAACCUAUUAGAGGAAAACGACCAAAUUUAAAAAUAAUUAAUGAAGCGUUUGUUACAAAUAUAGCAAUCGAUCCCACAACGAAAUCCGCUGUCGGUGUUCACUAUAUUAAAAAUGGAAUAUCUUAUUCUGCAUUUUGUAAAAAAGAAGUAAUAGUAAGCUCAGGAUCAUUAAAUUCUCCGAAAAUUUUAAUGUUAUCUGGAAUAGGUCCAAGAUAUCAUUUGAAAAAUCUAAAUAUACCUGUUAUAGCCGAUCUUAAAGUGGGACACAACCUUCAAGAUCAUGUUACGACGGACGUGUUGGUAAUACAACUUUCUAAUAAAACAUCUACUUCAGUAAGUGGUGAACAGUUAUUGCACGAAGUAUACAAAUAUUAUCAACAAUAUCCAACAAAACAUGGUCCUCUAUCUGCUACAGGAACUUUGAGCGGCAUAGCUUUUAUAAAAACAGAAUACACUAAUGAAGAUGCUCCUGAUAUACAAUAUCAUUUUGAUGCACGAAAUGUAAAAGAAUUAUAUUCUGAUCCAACAAACUAUUUAGCAGCUAAUAUUUUUCCACUAUCAUUUUACGAUGGACUAGCAGCCCGAACUUUAUUACUUACUCCUAAAAGUAGAGGAUUUAUAUUACUUAAUCAAACUGAUCCAGUAUUUGGUCAACCACUAAUCUAUCCAAGAUUUUUUACGGUUAAAGAAGACAUGGAUACGCUAUUAGCCGGAAUGCGCUAUGUAGUAAGCUUAGAAAAAACCAAAGCAUUUAAACAAAGUGGUGCAAGCUUUGUGAAAGAUCCAAUUAGAGGAUGUGAAAUUUAUCCAUGGGGUUCAGAUAACUAUUUUAUUUGCAUUCUAAUGCAAUACACGUCUACAAUAUAUCAUCCAGUAGGCACGUGUAAAAUGGGGCCUGCUUGGGAUAGAGAAGCGGUAGUGGAUCCACGAUUAAAAGUUUAUGGUGUUGAUAAACUUCGAGUAAUCGACGCAUCUGUAAUGCCUAAAAUCGUAAGAGGUAAUACAAAUGGACCAACAAUAAUGAUAGCAGAAAAAGCAUGUGAUAUGAUAAAAGAGGAUUGGAUAUUAUAUUAA